CCCACGCGAGGGACAUCGGCGGGCUCCGGACCGCAGCUGGCUCCGGCUGGGGGACCAUGGGCGCCUCCGCCUCCAGGGGCCAGGCCACCCGGGUCCCCGGGCCGAAGCUGGACCCCGAGGAGGCGCUGGACCUGAGCCAACUGCCACCCGAGCUGCUCCUGGUGGUGCUGAGCCACGUGCCCCCACGCACGCUCCUCACCCGCUGCCGCCGGGUGUGCCGGGAGUGGCGCGCCCUGGUGGACGGCCAGGCCCUGUGGCUCCUGAUCCUGGCCCGGGACCACGGCGCCGCUGGCCGAGCCCUGAUGUCGUUCGUCCGCAACUGCCUGCCCCCCGCUUGGGACGCCAGGCCUUGUCCUCUGGGCCGCUUCUGCGUGCGCAGACCGUUGGGACGCAACCUCAUCUGCAACCCGUGCGGCCAGGAAGGCCUCCGGAAAUGGAUGGUGCAGCACGGUGGAGAUGGCUGGGUGGUGGAAGAAAACAGGAGAACUGUGCCGGGGGCCCCUUCACAAACCUGUUUCGUAACUUCCUUCCGUUGGUGCCGCAAGAAGCAGGUCUUGGACCUGGAGGAGGAGGGUCUGUGGCCAGAACUGCUGGACAGUGGCAGGAUUGAGAUCUGUGUCUCUGACUGGUGGGGAGCCAGACAUGACUGUGGCUGUAAGUAUCGACUCCUUGUCCAACUUCUAGACACUGACCAGACUGUCCUAGAUACAUUCUCUGCUGUGCCUGACCCCAUCGAGCAGUGGAACAACAAUAUCUGUUUUCAGGUCACCCAUGUGUUCUCCAACAUCAAGACAGGCGUCCGUUUCGUGUCUUUCGAACACUGGGGGCAGGACACACAGUUCUGGGCUGGCCACUAUGGAGCCCGUGUGACCAACUCCAGUGUGAUCAUACGAGUCUCUCAGUCCUAGUCAAGGGACGCCUUUCUUGUGAGAGAGCCUGACCAUGCCGUCUAGGCGCCGGGACGUUUGGCUGGGACCCCUCGUUAACCAAGUGCUUCUACCUCCCUGGCACACUGAGAACUUCAGGGUCCAGCCAGGGGUCCUUCUGGGCCCUGCAUUCAGAUUCUGGAAACCACUGGAAGCCUGGUCUUCCAUCAGGUCUACCUACGGCUGCUGCUUUGGGUGGGCACAGCACUGCGUAACGGAGACCCACAGGCGACGCCUGAGGAGGCCUUCUCACCCCUCUUCCCCCCACCAGCAGUUCAGCACAGCCCCCUCUGUCCCAUCCCCUCUGUUGGUCUCUGUCCCCUCUCCUUUCUGCUUCAGGGACUUAGCUGUCCUUUCAGGGAGGCCCUGUACUGGACUCUGAACUCUUUCUAGCCAGAUUCCAGCUGCCUUGGGUGGUGAACUUGACCUCCGGGGCCUUCUGGGCUGCAGGGCUGGACCCAGGCCUUGAAGCUAAAGGUCACCUAGGUUCAAACAGGAUUUGGAGAUAAAUCUGCCCACACUGACUUCCCUGGGAAAUGAGGAGGUACCUCAAGUCCAGCCCUGAUCCUCAAGGACCUCUGUAAUUGUGAUAUUUAAAAUGAUUUUAUUUUUCAUUUUGACAUUUUGUUUUCCGAACAGCAAGAGAGUAAUCUAUCAGCUAUAAUAUAUAAUGUAUCUAGAAUGUAUCUGGUGAUCAUAUAUAAUAAAUUUAUUAUUUUGCCAAAA